AUGACUGCAUCUGCACAUGAUAACAAGGUGGCUGCCAUGGCCGUUGGUUUUACCAUUGGCUUUGGCUUUUUGACUACCUGGGAGGCCAUCAAACAUACGAGGCGGAAUCGAAACCCGCUGCGUAGUGCCUACAUCUACAUGCUCUGGGGCGAGAUUAUUUCCAACGUGGGCAUCACUGUGAUCGGCUGGAUAUGGAUAGAUGAAGUCGUCAAGUCUUCGGUGCCGGUUCUCUUCUUCAUUCUAUUUUUCUGGGUUUUCGAGGUUCAGCUGCUGAUGCAAAUCAUAAUAAAUCGCAUCGCAAUAAUCGCUGAACACAGAAGCACCAUCGACAAGAUAAAAUGGGGUACUGCCAUGAUCAUGACAUGCAUUAAUAUUGCCGUCUUCUGCAUCUUCAUCCCGGCACAUCGCGACCCACCAGUGAGCGAACUCUUUGUCCAGAUUAAUAGAUACUGGGAUAGAACUUCCAAGUUCUUAAUCAUGAUCCUUGAUGCUGCCCUGAACUGGUAUUUUCUUCACAUUGUUGAGAAACGACUUGUUCAGCAGCAUAAUUUGACAAAGUACAAACCGCUUGUGGCUUUCAAUGCGAAACUGAUGGUCCUAUCUAUCGCUAUGGAUGCUAUGCUUAUCGGGUUGAUGUGGCUUCCAAACCAGUCUGUUUUUAUUCAGUUUCAUCCUGUUACAUAUAUGGUGAAGCUGAAUAUUGAAAUGUCGAUGGCCAAGCUUAUUACUCGCUUGGCUAGCCGGGGCAACUCUGAUGAGGACUAUCCUGAACUGUCAAACUCUAACCCCUCAAAUGGCCAGAGUGGCAAUCGGAACAACCCAGACAACCACCCCUGGACCAAAAGCAAUUCUGUCAAAUUGGUUCAGAUGUCAAAAGUGGUGGUUGGCGAGUCGGAAGAAGACCUCUCUUCGGUCGAAGUGCUGGGAAGUGGAGCAGGCAUCCGCAAACGUACGAAGAUCGAAGUCAAGGUGGAGUCGGAUUCGAGGAAUUACGGAGGGAGGUCUAAGCAGUCGAUAUCAUUAGAAGAUGAGCUGCCAUUGACUUCAAAUACGGGGCACCCGAAGCAGGAUGAAAUAAGGGUGGCCGAGUCUGAAACCAGGUCCAGCAGAGACUCCUGA